AUGAGUGGUGUUAACAAAGGAGCUCAACGUUGUUUUUCUGAGUUAGUUGGACAUACAGUUCCAUAUAUUCCAUGUCAAGCACACAGGUUAAAUACUUUUCUAGAACACGGCUGUAAGGCUAGUCAUAUAAUUGGAAAUUUUAUUGACAUUCUUGAAAACAUUUAUGUAUUUUUCUCGGCAAGUACAAAAAGAUCAAGUAAUUUAAUGGAACGUAUGGAAAAAAUCGAGGGAAGUCUGAAGCUCAGAAAUUUAUCCAAAACUGACAGCCAGAGCCGAAAGCAUCAACGCAGUGUGGACAUCUUUAGAAGCAAUUGUUGA